AUGUCUUUUCCAUGGAAGAAGGUGAAGAAGACAAGUGUAUGUGAAUUGGUGAAGGACCAUAUUCGUUUUCACAGGAAUGGUGGAUCUCCUCUUAUAGUAGAGACUGGUUUCCCUACUUCCCUUAUAGAUCUCUUUGUCAAGAAUCGCCAAAGGUUCAUUAAACCUUCCAAGAAAAAGGUGGCUAAGUCCACUUUGAGCUCUCCUUCUUAUCUGAAUUUGCAUUUGCCUUUUCCUAUGUCUCCACCUUCACCAGCCACUUACACAAUUAAUAAGGGGUCUCAGUUAAAGGGUUGCCAGGAAAAAGGUGAAAGAUUUGAUGUUGAUACAAAUCAGGUGUUAAUAGCACUUGUGAAGAUUUUUCUUGUAGUAGUUUUAGUUUUAGGAGCAAAGAACUUUGUUAUGGGGAUAACCAUGUCAGCUUGUUUGUUUCUUUUCUUGGAAUAUUCGGGGGAAUAUUUGUAUAAAUGGCUCAUGCCUUGUGUAGGAGCUCAAAGGAGGAUUCUUUUGACAGUACAGUGGGUUUGGAGAUUUAUUGGAGGCAAAAUGAUUGAGUUAGAAGAAGAAGAAGAACAAGAUGAUUGUGUUUUUGAGGCGCAAUUACAGCAGAAAGAGUUAGCAAAUCUUCAUUGCUCUUAUAUGGCUAAUCAAUGUGUUAAGGAGAAAACUUAUGAGUCAAGUAGGGAUAGAAAAUUAGAUGAAGGAAUGGACUCAGAGGGAAAAGAAGAGGAAUUGAGGACUGAAUUGUUGGAAUUCAAGAAAAAGAAAUCUCAUAAAUCCAAUAUGAAAUCCAAGAUGAAGAAAUUUCUUUCAAAGAAGUUUAGAAAGAAAAUAAGUUCAAUGAUUGUCAAGUGA